UCACAUAAGCAUGUGUUUACAAAUUUCGGUCGCGUAAUAUUUUUCGUUUCAGCCGGUUGUAGUUUUUCGGAGAAAAUGUUUCAAUUAUUCCGAAAAAGUACCUAUAACUUCACCGGAUUAAAGUUUCCACCGAUUGGUGCCUACAGUAGCAGCUGUACCACACUAGCUCAGCAGCUUCAGCUCGUUACGAUCGACCCUCAACGAGUUCCACGUUCGGUAUGGAUCGAAAACAUGGAUGAAGUGGUAGAGCGAAAGCUCGGAAUCCAGGAACUAAGCUGCGAGAUUUACGGAGCUACUCCACGGAUAGACAUCGUCCAUCAGAAUAUUGAAUGGCAGCGGAAGUAUCGGUAUGUUAGUUUCGCACAUUCGAAAACAAGAAACGAAGUACGUGGAGGCGGUCGGAAACCUUGGCCACAGAAAGGAUUGGGUAGGGCACGACAUGGUUCGAUUCGGUCUCCGCUGUGGCGAGGGGGAGGAAUUGCGCACGGUCCUCGUUCACCGACGACGCAUUUUUACAUGUUACCGUAUUUUAGUCGAGUUCUGGGACUGAUCUCGACACUAUCGAUUAAGUUGGCUCAGGACGAUUUGCACGUUGUGAUGGAUUUGGAAAUUCCCAGCGAUGAUCCACAGUUUCUGAAGGAUUUAGUUCAAGAACGGUUAUGGGGACCAUCGGUGCUGUUUAUUGACAGUAGCGAUAUUAUGCCGAGGAACAUCACCGCUGGAGCCGAUGCGAUUGAUCACAUCAAUCUAAUGCCGGUUUAUGGGCUGAACGUGUACUCUAUGCUGAAGCAUUGCACAUUGGUCCUGACUAAGAGCGCUGCUUUGGAGAUUGAGGAGAAGCUGAGUGAGCAGCUGCAUCGGAACGAUGCCAGGUCACUGAUGAAAAAGUUUGCCCUUGAUAGAUAAAUGUAUUAAUAGUAAAAAUAAAGUUUAUUAAAAUUGGAAUGUA